AUGCCUCCAAUUAACAGAAAUUCUGGGUUAAACGACGAUUCAUUUUCGCUCACCAAUUUGGACGACGAAAUUAUGGGCACUUCGACACGACGUGUCGAUCAGGAGCUUGACUACGAUAUCAACACAUCAACACUUGACCGUGCUUUCCCCGAAUUUUCGCAAAUACAAACCUCCGAAGAGGAGGAACAAGAAUUGGACGACCUUUCACAUAGUGACCUCGACAUGUCUGUUGAGGUGGGACGCGGUGCUGGCAAGCCAGAACGCGACGAUUCGCGCAGCUCUAUAAUGAGCUUCGAGAACAGUGUACGAUCAUCCUCGCCCGCCAUCCGCGUUGAAUACCCCACACCACAAAAGCCAGCUGCUGCCACACGCCCGUCGCGUCGUGCAGUCAGUGAAAACCUACGAAAGAACGCUCAGGUACGACGAGCCACCCAGGCUCAGAAAGAAACGAUGAGCCCACAAGUCUCGAAGGCCCAGCGCGACCAGCGUCGGACAUUCUCCGAUAUGCACGCCAAAGUGCGUGACAGCUACGAGGGUUCAUUUUUGGGAGACGAGCGACCUGCACCUAUCGCCACGAAGACGCGUUCGACGCGUUUUGGAAACGCAAACACAUCUCAGGAGAUUGCAGACGCAAUUGAGCGAGCUUCACGGGACGCCUACGCAAAGGAAUUCCGAAAAUCGGCUUCCAACGCAGGAACUCCCCGCAAAAGCAGUGCUAAUGCAGCCAACAACAACACUAUUGGCGACACCAUGACCCAUCAAUCAUUCCUUCUUCCCGACCUCCCUAACAUCUCUGAACUCGUUUCCGGUGUGUACGAAGAUGGUACACCCGUGUACUCCCGACAGGGCAAGAUGCGAUCCACCCGGUUUGUUUCCCCGCUUCAUGAUCAUACAGAAAUGUCUCACCCCCACGAGCACAUGCCGCUGGAUGCAGUGCCCGUCCCCGAAGAUGAGAAAGCAUUGUUUGUUCAUCUGAGACUACUCCAGGAUAAGGUGGCAGAACUGGAGAUGUUCAAGUCCGAGGCAGAGAGAAGACUGGACAGUUACCGUCAGGAAAAUUCAUCUUUGAAGGCGAGCAGACCUCGCCAGUCAUCCGCGAAGUAUGAAUCAGAGGAUAAUGCGCACAAAAAGGGAUCCAAGCGCCUGGAAAAUGAGAUCCAGAAGUUAGACGCGGCCAAUCUUGCUUUACAAAACCAGUUGGAUAUUGCCGAUCGAAAGGCCCAGGUCCAAGAGUCUGCCAUCAAGCGCUUGAACCAUGAUAGAGAGUCGGCUAUCUCGCAACUUGGAGCCGCUUAUCUCGAGACUCGAGAGCUCAAGGCCGAGAACGAGGAAUUGCGACAGGAAAAUGCGGAUCUCAAGUCCCAGAUCAACCGAUUGUCGGGCCGCAAGGCUCGCGAACAAGACACUGUCGAGUCCGAAGCUAGUUCAGCUGGGUCUGAGGAUGUUGAUGACAGCCAACUCUACACUGAGCGCAGUGGAGACUAUAGUCGGAGCACUAGAGACAUAACAUCGAAAAGCAACCGCUCUACCACGAGGAUUAGACGCCAGGAUGACUCCCGCUCUAAGGUGUCUACUCAAGUGGACAAGGAAAUUUCUCGCCUUGAAAAGGAACGUGCCGAUGAGGCCCUCUUCUCUAUUGAGAUGCGUGCAUCAACAUCUAAGCCAUCAAAGUCGGUGUCUCGUUCUUCCGAAUCAAAGACCUCCCGGAAACAACCCAGCACGAACAAGCAACGCGUGAAGCGAGUGGUAGUUGAAGAGGUGACUGGGCCGGAGGUGUCCGAGCAGACCAAGGCUUCAUCUGAAGCUGACGUUACCUUGUUGAGUGUUAUUGAUGAACAUGAAAUCUCUCGUCUGCGCAAGACAUUGGAAGAAGAAAGAAUUAUGCGCAAGCAACGACGUUCGAGUGCCCCCAAGGAAUCUAAUCCUACAGAGACCGUCAACUCGACCAGACAGAGCAUUUUGAAAGCCCCUGCCCCUCGCAAGUCCUCUCUUCGCGAUUCAAAAGCAGAAAUCCCUCGCCCAGCCUCGGCUACUGGGGAUAUUACCACCGCCUCCAAGGCAAAUACCGAUGGAGACCGCAGUCUUACAGUACCCAUUGCAGAGCGUUCCCGGCGCCAUUCGGAGAAUUCCUUGCCCGCAGUAUCCCAGCGCAAGAAGCAGCGAAAUGUCGCUGACAUGACCUCUGCUUUCAUCCUUCCUGAUAUCACCCUCCACCACGUCGACUUGGCGGCAGCUGAUCCAUCCAAGCUGCCACAAGCCACCCAAAAAGCAUUGGAUAGCAUUGCUCGACACAAUGGACAGAACUGCACAGUUUGCAAUGCUCACUCCACUGACGGCACCUGCAAUCACGAGUCCGUGAAGGUCGCCAAACCAAUUCCUGUUUCAGAACGUAUGCCUGAGCCAUCUGUUUGGAAUGAAGAACCCACUAUGCGCCCCUCGCAGCCUCCUGCCGUUGCUCUUGCUACUGUUCUCAAGGGUCUGGAGGACGAACUUUCUCACCUGAAGAUGCAAUUAGCCACAUACCAAAGCGCCUAUAACAAGCUUGACGCAUCGCUCGGCAAGCGCCCGCGCAAGGCUCUACAAGAAAAGAUUGACAAAAUCUUCAAGGACAUCGAUAUGAAGUCCGACCAAAUCUACGCUCUAUACGAUGUUCUGGAAGGCCAAAAGCAAGAUGGUCGUGAGAUGACUGAGCAUGAAAUGGAAGCGACUCUUGAGUCAAUUGGAAUUGAUGUCGGCGCAUCCCAUGCACCCGAUGUCACUGGUACUACCGAUAAGUCUUCUCGCCACGGGCAGAUUGAUUUGGAUGACGAGGAGGAUUUGCCCUGGGAGGGAAUUGAGAGCACUGCUGAGAUGACUGGCCACCUUUCAAUAAGCGGUCACUGA